AUGAAUUGUUCCUCAUUAGCAUUAAAGGCGAGUGCCAGACCUUUGUUCACCCACGGGAUCCGCCGUCUACCCAUCUAUUCAAGCAUUCGUUAUAACUCAAGCUCAUCUACACCAACCCCUCAAAAAGACCCAAAAACACAAGCGCAAUCAUUAAUCAAUGCUCUACCGGGAAGUAAUGUUCUUUCUAAGACCGGAAUUUUGGCCACUUCUGUGGCAGCUACAGUAUAUGCAAUUUCUAAUGAAUUGUAUGUGAUCAAUGAUGAGAGUAUUUUAUUGGCAACUUUUCUUACAUUCACUGCUUUAAGUGCUAAAUUUUUAGCUCCAAUGUAUAAUGAGUUUGCAGAAGCAAGAUUAAAGAAAGUUUCUGACAUACUAAAUGCAUCAAGAGGUAGACAUGUUGAUGCAAUUAAGGAGAGAAUCAAUAUGGUUUCUGAAUUACAAAAUGUUACAGAAACGACAAAAGUUCUAUUUGAUGUUUCCAAGGAAACUAUUGAAUUAGAAGCCAAGAAUUUCGAGUUGAAACAGAAAGUAGAUUUGGCAAACCAAGCUAAGUCAGUUUUGGAUUCUUGGGUUAGACAUGAAACUGCUCUCCGUCAAUUACAACAAAAACAGUUGACAUCUUCGCUUUUGAGUAAAGUUGAAUCACAAUUAAAUGAUCCUAAGUUCCAAGAUAAAGUGUUGCAACAAUCCAUUUCAGAUGUCGAAAGAUUAUUCACUAACCUUAAGUAA